CGUGAAGAUCAGUCAUUUAUUUAUAUUCAUUUAUUCAGUUUAUUCUUUUAUUCUCAGGAGCUUGUGUUCAUUUGUUAGAGCUGAAGAAUCGCUAAUGUUUGUAUUUCGUCAGCUACAAGUACAUCAAACGCAAUUAACAACCUAAUAACAUUGGUAACAUCACGUUAAUAAGUCAUUGUUUAAUAGUUUUUUGUUCGGCCUUUAUGUAUGAAGUGGACCAGACAUUAUUUUAUUGCAGUAUCUAUCAGGUAUUUAUUUCUUUCGCUUCUGCUUCACACUUGUAGUGUGAAUAACGUGAAACCACCUGAUCUCUGUAUCAAUGAACACUUCCUGGUGUUUAUAUUGAAGCUGGACAUCAGUGGUCGGUUGAUAAAUAGUUAAAACGACAUAAUGAGGGACUUCCCUUGAGGCUAUGGGUGUUACACACAUAAAGGACCAGGCUGUUGCAAAGGACUCUUCUUCACAACCCCCCAUCAGCCUCCAGCGACUAACAAUCGGUGACUCCAUCAUUAGAAAUGCGAGGAUUGGACUUACUGUCUGUUUCCCCGGUGCCAAAGUGCGUGAUGUCGCAAACAAAGUUCCAGACGUGAUAAAAUCCCACCCCGGUGUUGAAGGAGUUAUGGUUCAUGUCGGCAUACGACUUCCCCAAGCAGCAAUCUGAACUCUUACAACCGGACUUUGUCCAUCUGUUUAAUAUCCUCACUUCCCUAAAACGUAAGAUCCUCAUCGCCGGAACCAAUUCCCAAUUCCCUGGCUGCUCUGUGCCUGUGCCGCUUGCGUUGUGCCUUUCGUGGACAGUUUUAAUAUCUUCUAGAAAGGGGUGGAACUUUUUGGUCCAGAUGGUCUUCACCCGACCAGACCGGGAGCUAUUGUCCUAUGGACUCAUCUGCUCGAACAUACCACACAGAAUUGCCCCUCAGCUGUAGUGACCGGAAAAGACCGGCCCACCAGCGAAUGAUGUCCGUCAGGUCCCUGUCCCUGAUCUGAUUGGAUCCACAUCAAAUAUAGGUAUCUUAAUGUAAAGAGGAUAAAACGUUGGCUGGACCAUAAUGGCGUCUUACUUUGAUGAACACGACUGUGAGCCCACCAACCCUGAGGAACAAUAUCGGCAGAACGCUCUACUUGAAUUGGCCAGGUCUUUAAUGCAGGGAUUAGACUUACUUGACUCAGGAGCGUUCGACUUGUCAGACUGGGAUCAACGUCUUCCCCCUCCAGCUGCCAAGACUGCUGUUCAGACCCUCACCGUGGUCGUCAUUUCUCCAGAGCAAGCAGACAAAGGUCUGAAGUGUCCAGUUUGUUUGCUGGAGUUUGAGGAACAAGAAACAGUUCGAGAAAUGCCCUGCAAACACCUUUUCCACGCAGGAUGUAUACUGCCCUGGCUGGGCAAGACUAACUCCUGUCCGCUCUGUCGACUUGAAUUACCAACUGACAAUCCAGAGUAUGAAGAGUUUAAAAAAGACAAGGAGAGAAGGAAACAGAGGGAAAACCGGCUGGAGGAUCUACAUGGAGCCAUGUACACAUGACACCACGAUGCUGUGGUGCAAGUUUGUAGCACAGUAAUGUUUUACAGAAAAGUAUAAAAAAGAAAAAUUCAAUAACUUCAGGAAACACACAAUGCUACAUUCAUGCCAUUUCAUUACAGAUUUUGUAAUAUAAAUGCAUCUGGACAAACAUCUGUUAGCUUUAUAUAUAUAUAUAUAUAUUAUAUAGAGUAAUGACAAAUAUCAGGAAUGUCUGACACUUAUAUCUCCCAACAGCAAAAUGUAAUAUAAAAUAUGAAUAAAUGGUUUGCAAAAUAGCUGCAAUUCUAACAGCACUGAGCUCAUUGUAAAUACAAUAUAUUACAAAUAUGUACCAAUAAAAAUAACUAGUCUGUGUAAUUUCCAGGUUCCAUGCAUUUGACACGGCAUGAAUGCAGCAUAAGCAGUAACGUUGAAAAUUUUAAAUGUUCUUUUCUCAUUAGUUAGAAUAAAUUCACUAUAAUAUUAACUAUAUUUUAAGAUGAGUUUAAACGUACAUUCAUGAGCUUUAAACGCACAAAAAUGCUGUAUUUUGUCUUACGAAUAUUAUUUAAACACAAAUAUGUUUAUCAGUCAAUCAAUAAGAAUAAUAUGCAUUUCCAUACAUUGUGUCUUCAACAAGGACAGACUGAAAAAGAAAAGUCAAGAUUGAAGCAGCAGAGUUCGAGAUAUUCUGACUUUUACUCUCCAGUGUGGUUCAACUCCAAAACCCUCUCGUUGUUUUAUGUUAGAGCUUCUCUACCUGGUAAAAAACAGCUUUCUGUGAAUGUGUCGUGUCGUCACUGAAGGAGUUGUACUGCUCAUGCUGACUAAGCACUUUCAUGUGUAAAACUGGUUCCUCUAACGUUUGAGGGAUUGUCACUUCACUUCUGGCCAUCACACACAAACAGUCAUUUGGUAUGAAUGCGUUUUGAUGUUUCUACAUCAGGACACAUGUUGGUACAAUACUGGACCUGCAGCACUGCUCCGAGUGCGAUAUUUAAUCAGCAGUGUGUAGUGUGUACAAAAGUCAGCCGUUCUUUAUGUCAUCUAAAGUUGUUUCUAUUUCUGAUUACAAAUAAACACACCUGCUUUUUACAAAUAUAAAAA